AUGUACAUUCCCAACUUUCAAGGUGCCCUCGCUGCCGGCCUCGCCCUUUCCGGUGGUUUCUCCGGCAAGGUCUCUUCCGGCAAAAUCCUCGACUAUGCUGUUGAGAAGUGCGUCGACGCCGACGGCAAUCAGCGCUGCUCCAAACCAUUCCCGGUCACCAAAUCGACUUGUUACGAGAUCAAGUGGACCACCGAUGGCAAGAUCUCGCAUACGACCGCCGAGGUCAGGGACGCGGGCAGUGAUGAAAUCGUGUUCUACAGGGAUACCGAUGGAGAGUGGACUUCUGAGAAGAACGAGCUCGUGUACCUCGACUUCAAGCCAAAGGUGUGGGGCCAGGGUAACAGUACCGUCGAGUACGAGGUCUCCCAAUGCAAGUAA